CCACACCUCGUUCCCUGCGGUCCAUCGUGAUAGGCGUCCCCAUCUCCGUGAAGGUCUCCGGCACCGUCGCCCUCGGAUCCUGCCCUCGGCCGAUCGUCCCCUCUUCGUAUCCCAAUUCAGGUGUUCGAGCUCUUCGGCGAGGAAUCCCUGCGAUCCAAGGAGUGCAAAAAUCAGUGGUGUUCAUUUAAAUUCAUAGUCAAGAGGUACCAAGAUCAUCUACUUGUGCACCUUCUGUGUCUUUCAAAACCUAAUGGGAUGGGGAAACAUUUACAAAAGGCGCCUGAAAGUAUUCACUCUAGCAUUGGUGAUAUACCUCGAUUACAAGGCCGUGCAGAAAAGAGAGAAAUGGUUUAGUAAAAGCAAAAAGGAAGCCUUAUGGCAGCGAACCCAUGAGCGAAAUGCUAAACGUGUUCUCAAUUUGAUGAUCGAGAUGGAAGGUCUGUGGGUAAAACUUGGUCAAUAUUUAUCUACCCGAGCAGAUGUUCUUCCAGAGGCUUAUAUAUAUCUUCUCAAACAGCUGCAGGACUCUCUUCCUCCUCGGCCAUUGAAAGAGGUUAGCCAAACUAUAGAGAAGGAGCUGGGAAAAUCUGUGAAUGAUAUUUUCUCUCAUUUUGUCGAGGCACCCCUUGCUACUGCAUCUCUGGCACAAGUUCAUCGUGCAACUCUAAGGGAUGGGCAAGAGGUGGUUGUUAAAGUUCAACAUGAGGGCAUCAAAGAAGUCAUCUUAGAGGAUUUAAAGAAUGCAAAAUCAAUAGUUGACUGGAUAGCCUGGGCGGAGCCACAAUAUGACUUCAACCCUAUGAUUGAUGAAUGGUGUAAGGAGGCACCUAAAGAACUUGAUUUCAAUCAAGAAGCAGAAAACACUAGAAAAGUCUACAAGAACCUACGAGUAAAAAAUGAGCAUGAUGACAUAAAUUCUGUGAACAGAGUAGAUGUACUGAUCCCAGAAGUUAUUCAGUCAUCUGAGAGGGUCCUCAUUCUGGAAUAUAUGGAUGGCAUUCGUUUAAAUGACAAGGCAUCACUGGAUGAAUAUGGUGUGGACAAGCAAAAGCUUGUUGAAGAAAUUACAUGUGCAUAUGCUCAUCAAAUAUAUGUUGAUGGGUUUUUCAAUGGUGACCCACAUCCAGGAAAUUUUCUUGUGAGCAAGGAACCCCCCCAUCGUCCAAUUCUGCUUGACUUUGGCCUUACUAAGUUGAUAUCAAGCUCUAUGAAACAUGCACUAGCAAAAAUGUUUUUGGCAUGUGCUGAGGGGGACCAUGUAGCUUUAUUGGCAGCCUUCACGGAGAUGGGACUUAAAUUGCGCCUUGACAUGCCCGACCAGGCUAUGGACAUUGCAUCAGUAUUUUUUCGCAAUUCCACACCAGCAAGUGAAGCACUUGAAAAUGUGAAAUCUUUGGCUGAUCAAAGAGAGAAGAAUAUGAAGUUUAUUCAAGAAAAGAUGAAGUUGAACAAAAAGGAAGUUCAGCAUUUUAACCCUGUUGAUGCUUUCCCAGGUGAUGCAGUUAUAUUUAUAAGGGUAGUAAAUCUUCUUCGAGGGCUUUCUUCUACACUUGAUGUUCGUAUUGUUUAUUUGGACAUCAUGAAACCAUUUGCUGAGUCAACACUACUAGGAAGCAUCAGGACUGAGCCAGCGUUGGAUACCCAAUGGAUUUAUGAUUCACCAAUUCACUCUGAUGUGGAGGCCAAGUUGAGGCAACUCCUGGUUGAGCUGGGAAAUGAGAAAAUACUUGGGAUACAAGUGUGUGCAUACAAAGAUGGAAAGGUCUUAAUAGAUACUGCUGCUGGCAUGCUUGGGAGAUAUGAUCCUCGACCUGUUCAACCUGACACCUUAUUUCCUGUCUUCUCAGUAACAAAAGGAAUCACUGCUGGGAUGUUACAUUGGCUUGUGGAUAAGGGGAAAUUCAAGCUUGAUGAAACCAUAGCAAAUAUUUGGCCAGAGUUUAGUGCCAGCAAAAAAGAUAUGAUAAAGGUUCAUCAUGUUCUUAACCACUCAUCUGGUUUGCACAACGCUAUGUCUGAUGUAAUGAGGACCAAUCCUUUGCUACUUUGUGACUGGGAGGAAUCUCUACACCGUAUUGCUCAGUCAGCUCCUGAGACAGAACCAGGUUCCCAACAACUAUACCACUACUUGUCUUUUGGUUGGCUAUGUGGUGGUGUAAUAGAGCAUGCAUCUGGAAAGAAAUUUCAAGAAGUACUGGAAGAAGCUUUUAUUCACCCUCUCAAUAUUGAAGGUGAACUAUAUAUUGGCAUUCCUCCUGGUGUAGAGUCUCGGUUGGCAGCACUCACACUGGACACAGAAGAUCUACAAAAUCUCCUUGAAAUCAAUGGCAGGCCGGAAAUGCCAUCCAGCUUGCAGGAGGGUAAUUUAGCUGAGAUCGCAUCUGGCGUUCCUGUGCUCUUUAACACACUAAACAUCCGGCGAGCCGUGAUUCCUGCUGCCAAUGGGCAUUGCUCGGCUCGUGCCUUGGCACGCUAUUAUGCUGCCCUUGCUAAUGGUGGAUCCACUCCUCCACCUCAUUCACUUGUUUCCAAGCCUCCCCUCGGAAGUCAUGUACAUGUUCCAACAUUUCCUUCCUUCAAGCAACCCAAGAAGAAAUUGAGAAUCAAGGAGAUAGAUAAUCCAGAUACACCGACCAAGAAGACCGAUGGCUUACGUCGCAGGGGUUGUAGCAAUAGCAAUAGUCCAAAAAAUAACAAGGCUUAUAACAUUGUAGACAACAACAUCGACAAUGAUGCACAGAAAAGUGUCCAAAGAAUAUUUAGCAGCCCCAAGAUCCAUGAUGCUUUCAUGGGUGUGGGUGAUUACUCCGACAUGGUUAUUGCAGACGGUAAAUUUGGGCUCGGGUUUAGGAGAUUUAAUACUGCAGCUGGUAAUCCAACGAGUUUUGGCCACUCUGGAGUAGGCGGAUCCACUGGAUUCUGUAAUAUUGAGCACAAUUUCUCAAUUGCAGUCACAGUAAACAAGAUGUCACUUGGUGGUGUUACAAGAAGUAUAAUUCAGCUGGUUUGCUCUGAGCUGAACAUUCCUGUGCCCGAAGAAUUCUCGAGGUUCGGGGAGAAGGGACCCGACAUGCAGUUCAAUCUGGGUCUGUAGCCGCAGCUUGUCACUAACAAGCCUCUCCAGUUUAUAUACACAGGUUUUUCCCUUUAGGAUACUAUCCUUCCUCACAGUGAAACACAAAAUAUAGAUCCACAAUUUAUUUUCCUUUUAACUUUGAUGUUAUUGUAAACACCAUAUUUGAUAUUAAUGCAUAAUUUAUAUUACCAUCAGAA